CUGGGGGCGGAGCUUUCCCCUUCCUGACCGUCGGCGGGAGGGAGCGGCUGCGGUGGGGUGCGAGGCCGCCAUGAGGUAGGUGGGAGUCCCCCGCAACUGAGUGAGGCGGCAUGGCAAGUAAGUGUUCCCUGUUCUCCUCCAGCACCACUACCACCUCUACAUCUGCAGUGGGGGAAUGUUUUGCAGAUGCCUUACAAGCAAGAGGCACCUGUAUUUUCGGGGAGGGUUGGAUGCCUCUUAUCCCUUGACUCUUAUCCCUGAACAUGGUCUGAGGUCCAGCCUGCCUUGUGCCUCUCUCCGCUGUGCAAGGUGGGAGGUAUUGAAGGGCAAACCUCUCCAGGACUGCCUUUAUUUCUAUGAGGCUUGUUGCACAAAGCCUCCCUGAGGCUUUUUGGACUGACUGACUCCUUUACAGGCAUUGCUGGUCUGCACCAAGAUCUCCCAGCCAUGGUGCUCCCCAGAAAGGUGGCCCAUAAUUCAGACUGUGCUGUCCUGCAGCCCAUGUUGCCUGGGACGCUGUGACUCUCUGCUCCUGGCAGGAGCUUGUGAUGUAACACAGCCCUGCUGGAGCACGCUGCAUCUUGGUGUCUGAAAGAGUGAGUGCCCAGCACAUGUGGCAGUUUGGUGCCAGCAGCUGUGAGGACCGGCCUGGCAAAAGCUGGGCUGAGAACAAUGAGGGUGCAGGGUACAAAACAGCAUGUGGUCUGUGAAGGGCUGGACACAACCCUCUGUCCUCACUCAUCUGGGCAGCCUCCACAGAGGCUGCAUGCAGCAGUGCAGUGGGAACUCUAGGAGGACAGUGGUUGUGAACAGGAAGAUGCUAGUGAUCUGGCUGAUGUCUCGGGAUCUGCUGAGGGUGUCACCAGAGCCAGCUGUGAAGGCAGAGGCAGCAGCCAAGCUGGACAGGAGGAGGACUCCAGGCAUGACAGUGACAAGUUCAGCAAAGCAGGGUCAAGUGACUGGUAUCUGCAGGGAUGGAAAACUUUGCAAGUGAGAUCUGCAGCUAAGCUUUUUGCUCCAAGGUGUGCUGAGGAAGAUGGAAAGAGUCUCAGGCUCAAGUGCUGAGGAGGGGAGAGUUAAUAACGCAGCUUGAUCAAGGCAGGAAGCCAAGGAGUGUUCUUGGGGGCCAGGAAUGCCCACUCAAUCCUGAAGCGCUUUCCCCGAGCCAACGGCUUCCUGGAGGAGAUUCGGCAGGGCACCAUCGAGCGGGAGUGCAUGGAGGAGGUCUGCAGUUAUGAGGAGGUCAAGGAAGUGUUCGAGAACAAGGAGAAGACAAUGGAGUUCUGGAAGGGCUACACCAACUCUGUAUACUCUGUCAAGGACCCUGGGCACAGCACCGAGCGCUCAGACGCUAUGUAUGUGGUGGUGCCCCUCUUGGGAGUGGCUCUUCUGAUAGUCAUCGCCCUCUUCAUCAUCUGGAGGUGCCAGCUGCAAAAGGCCACCCGUCACCGCCCUUCCUACGCCCAGAACCGCUACCUGGCCAGCCGAACGGGACGCAGCCUACCCAGGGUCAUGGUGUACCGCGAGCGGUCACAAAGCCAAGGGGAAACUCAGUAUCAGCGAGAAGCAAGCAACCGGGGGGCUGGAGACAGCAGAGCAGGGGGCACCCCCCAGCAAGAUGGUACUCUCUGUCCACCAGAGCAUUCGGUCUCUGUCCUCUCCAGACUGUCCAGUGCCACCCCUCCACCUUCUUAUGAGGAGGUGACAGGGCACCCAGAGAGCAGCAGCGGUGAAGAGACCAGCAUCUCCUACAAUGACCCUCCACCAAAGUAUGAGGAGAUCGUGGCUGCUGCUCCCACUGCAGGCAAAUAGAGGGUCUGCCUCCCUUUUGCCUCUUCGCACACUCAUGCUCGUGCACCCACACCCCUUGCCAUCCCCAGAACCUUGUUCAGGUGGCAUUGAUCUCCCUGUCUCACUUGUACAAGCUGGUGCCAUCACACAAUAGCCUUACCUUCCUUACCAAAAAACAGCCGUCCCCAAGCAGGGUGAGGGUGGGAUGUGGGGAUGGCUCUGGGUUCGACCAGCCGUCCCCUUCUCCUUGCUCCCUGCUCACAUAAGUGCUGCAGCAGCCAGAGCAGAGCAGCAGCUUGUUCCUGGCUCAACACGGGGGCCUUCCCCAUGGUGCAUUUGAUUUCAUCACUUUCCCCUCAGACAUAACAUUUCCCAUGACUAAAACAGCCUCACUGCCUCCCUGGGGCUCAGCCUUACCCUGUGUGCACGCUGGCUCAUCGACCUGAGGCACGUGUGGGGCUGGUGUUGGAGUUGGUCCCUUCCGUACCCAAAUCAGCAGGGGCUGGUUUGUGAUGUGCUGAGACCCCAGUCCUCACUGUCUCCCAUUUGGUGCUUGGUGCUCUGAUGAGGAGGUGAGGUGGCAGGAGGGGUUCUCGUUUCUGUCCCCACGGUUUGUGACUGGGGAGAAAAUUCUUCCUUUGUGUGGAUUUGCUGCCUGGUGGGAUUGGGGAGCCCAGUCCCUCCUGCAGUGAUAUUUGUUGUUGGGAGAAAGGGGAGGAACUGGUCAAGGAGGUGCUUUGUGAUCUAGAGCCCUUUGGAAAGGGAGAAAGGUUUGUGGUGGUCUUGUACGUGAGGUAAGUUGCUUUGGAACCACCAAGAUGGCUGCAUGGCUUUAAGCAGUGGAGAUGUGCCUCCUUCCUGCAGGUUCCUGCCCCACCUGUCUGGUGCUCUCCCCAGAUGUGGGAUGCGGGCACAGGGAGUCUGCAGAUGUGCCAAACCUCCCUUCUGCCUUCCCCUAACCUCUCCGUCCUGGCCCUCUUCUCAGGGCUCUUGUCCUCCAGGCCCCUCUGGUGGGCAGAGCACAUGGCCACGGCCAUGGUGAGGAGGGCCUGCUGGCAGAGAUGGCUGCAGAGGCAAGCAGUGAUUGUGCCACCAACCAGGCCCUGGCAGCUGGGGAUGCUGGUGGGACGGGAGCAGAGCUGAGUCCUGCUCUUGGAGCCAGGGCAGAGCUGAGCACGUGCUUUGCCGUGGGACCAGCGUGUCCCCUUUUCCUAGGCAGCCACUUCUAGGGUCCAUGCGAUGGGGCUGUCCUUUCCCAGUCAUGUCUGGUGGGCUAUAAGGGGGUUCUCACCAGCCCCCAGGACCACCCCAGAACCUUGUAGCACUGCCCCCCUGUGGCAUUCACCCCAGCACCGGUCUCCACCAGCACCAUAAGGCUGUGGUGUAUCCGCAGGCUGCCCACGCCCCGCUGUCCUGCUCCGUCCCAGUGAUGCUCUCAGCCCGGAGCUGAGGUUUGCCCAGCAUAGCUGUCCCUGGGGCAGGGUACAAGCCCUUGGGGCCUGCAGCUGCCGGCACCUUGUCCGUCCCUUCCCAGGCCUUCACUCUGCCUUUCGGCCUUAGUAAAUGCGGGUGAUGGGACGACCUGGCACCGAGCUCGGGGGUCAGAGCUGGAAAAGACCGGAGGGAAUCAGAGGGCGCUCUUGGAUCCUCUGUCUUUGGUGCGCGGUCAUUACCUUUGCGGUUUGUAUUCUGUAAAACUUGGUAUAUUUCUGUGCAAAAAAAAAGGUAUUUAUUAAAAAACCCUCACUCUCUGA